UCCCAAGGCCAACCACACAUGAAUGUUCCUUCAACCUUAAGAACUUGAUCAUCAGCUUUCCUUGAAUUAUAUAUAGAGGAAUUCAUAGCAAACAUGUCCAGAGUUAUAUCAUCCAUAGUUCCCUUUCAAAUCUUUGUAGAAAAAGCCUCAUUCCAUUGAGUCCAUCAAUCAGCUAUCAAGUUACCUCAAGAUCAUUUGAUAUUGUAAGCAAGAAUUAUUGUACAAACAAUAGAGAGAAUUCAGCUAUGGCAUUUGAGAAAGAUCUUAACCUUGAUGCUACCGCGCUCCGACUAGGCCUGCCGGGCACCUCUGAGGAGCAAACAUCUGCAAGUGGUAAGAGUAACAAAAGAGCCUUGCCUGAUAUGAAUGAAGAAUCUGUUUCUGGUGACAAUUCUAAUGUGGCAGAUGCUAGGAAAUGUGACCAGGAAACUGCUCCACCAUCCAAGGCACAAGUUGUAGGGUGGCCACCAAUCCGAUCUUACAGGAAAAACUGCCUCCAACCAAAGAAAACUGAGGCUGAAGCUGCUGGGAUCUAUGUCAAAGUUAGCAUGGAUGGAGCUCCUUAUCUUAGAAAGAUAGAUUUGAAGGUGUACAAGGGCUACCCAGAAUUGCUCAAGGCCCUCGAAGACAUGUUCAAGUUCAAAGUUGGUGAAUAUUCAGAGAGGGAAGGAUACAAUGGAUCAGAAUUUGUACCCACCUAUGAAGAUAAAGAUGGUGACUGGAUGUUGGUUGGAGAUGUUCCAUGGGAAAUGUUCACAAAUUCCUGCAAAAGGCUGAGGAUAAUGAAAGGAUCAGAAGCAAGAGGGUUGGGUUGUGUUGUAUGAACAAAAUUGGCAGUCUCAAAGCCAUUUACAAGUGAUGGAGAAAGAAAUUAAUCCGUUGCUCACAUGAAGAGAGAGAAGAACCCUUCAGCUAUAAGAUCCAAACGAGUUUUCUUCUUUGUUGAUUGGCAACAAAGAAGUUUGAUAGGAUUUUGUCAAAGUUUUUCAUGUAUAGUUUGCUCAUGUUUUCUCCUUAUGGAUUUUGUACAAAGGAAAAUAUAUGAAGUCCAUGAUAAGAUUUUCCUUUUUUUUUUUCCAUGAAUUAUGUAUCAAAGGGAAAAUUAUCUUAUUGAAAGGAUAUAAAUCAAAAUACCCUUUUUUUCUU